UAUUUCGGGGUAGCACAUUGCGUGAACGCUAAGGUCCGACAGGAAUUUGUGUCCGUCGUCGCCAACUUCUCAUUAAAAAAAAAAGUCAUGGCGAGUUCAGAGCUUUUAACUACUUUACUUUAUACUGUCAACAACCUGUUGCAACAAGACAAAUACAAAGCGGCAUUGGCAGUUCUCAAAGGCUUCCGAAAUGGCGCCGUAUACGGCGCCAAAAUCCGAGCACCUCAUGCCUUUGUGAUGACUUUUCUAUUCCGGAGUGGAAGUUUGGUGGAUAAACUCAAAGCCAUUCUGAAGGCCACAUACACACACUCCCGCAACCUGGCGUACUUUGUGUUUACGUACAAAGGACUGCAGUCCUUGCAGGAGAAGAUCCAGGGAAAGAGUUUGCAGUCGCACGCCUUUCUUGCCGCCUGUGUCGGAGGAUGGUUGGUGUUUGGAGAUAACAACAGUAUCAACAGUCAGAUCAACAUGUACUUGCUGUCCAGGAUCCUGUUCGCCAUGUCCCGGCUGGCCGUGGAGAAAGGCGUGAUACCGCAGCCAAAACAUGAUCCCUUCCCAUUGUUCGCCACGCUGGUGUGGGGCGUGGUUUUAUGGCUCUUUGAGUAUCACCCGCAUACGCUCCAGCCUUCGCUGCAGUCUUCCAUGAACUACCUCUACCACGACAGCAACGUGUGGCACGACAUCUCUGACUUUCUCCUUUAUAACAAGCCGAGGACUUCCGGAAAAUGAAGCCCAUAGUUGACUUCUUUUGUCUGGGACAAGAUGUUGACAGGACCCUCAAUCUGUGCCAGGAGUUCCCAUAAUUGGAUUCAAUUUUAACUGUUAACAUCCUUUAAUUUAAAUACUGUAUAGGUUAUGUUAUAAGAAACAUAUUAACACAUUUGUUUUUUUUGAAGUGAAAAAAGAAGUAACUGUUAUAGCA